GUUGGGUUUCUAUUUGAUCUAUUUUUUGCUCUUCUCCUCCUCCUUCCCGGCCUCGCGUGCUUCCUUCGGCCGUGCCGCGCUCCGGCUGCACGGCGGAAGGGAGGGGCCGGAGGGGUGGAGCGGAGCCCGGCAGGGAUGCGGUAACUCCCGGGAUAUCCCGAGCCGCUGCUCCGGGACGCGGUGUUCCCAAACCUCUCUGCAAUGGCCUCGGGGAAUGAGGAGGAUCCUCCACAGGCGCAGGGACGCCGCGGGAGCAGCAGGCGCAGCUCAGAGGGCCGCGUGGCGGAGGAGGCUGAGGAGGUGUUCCGGAGUUUCGCCUUCUACCGCUACCAGCAGGAGCGCGAGGAGCGCGGGGCAGAGGUGCCACCGGACCCGGAGAUCGAGCAAAUCCAGCAGGACCUGGAGAGCACCGGGAGCCAGGUGGGGCAGCGCCUGGCCAUCAUCGGGGACGACAUCUACAUGCGCUACGACGCCGAGUUCCGCACGAUGCUGGCGUCCCUGCAGCCCACCCCCGACAACGCCUACGAGCACUUCACCAAAAUUGCCUCCAGCCUCUUUGAGAGUGGCAUCAACUGGGGCCGGGUGAUUGCUCUGCUGGCCUUCGGGUACCGCCUGGCCAUGCACGUGUGGCAGCGCGGCGUGGGCGGCUUCCUGCGCAGCAUCGCCCGCUACCUCGGGGACUUCAUGCUGCACCACCACAUCGCCCGCUGGAUCGCCCAGCAGGGAGGAUGGAGGGCCGUGCUGGACCUGGACAAUGUUUACGUCAAGUACGUGCUGGUGGCAGCCGUGGUGGCACUGGGGGUCCUGGUGCUGCGGCGCUGCUUCAACCCCUGAGGGGGCCCGGGGGGGCUGCGGGGCGGCCCCUCCUCUGCUCCCACCCCCAGGGAACACCAGGAGCUCCAGGAGAGAGCGUGGAUCGGGACUGGGACCCUCCUGCUGCGGGGUCUGGGGUCUCUGCACCCCCAGGAGAGGACUGGGGGCUCUGCUUCGUUGUGUUUGAUGCCUCGAAAAGCUGCUGAGGAGGGGGCAUGGCUGAGAGGGGACAUCUCUGGGAGGGGACAUCUCUGGGAGGGGACAUCUCUGAGAGGGGACAUCUCUGUGCUCCCGGCUCCUCUGGAGGAGCAGAGGGGUGUGACAGUGCCCCAGUGUGUGACAAUGUCUCUGUGUGCCAGCGUUGGGUCCUGUGCCCCUGGGGCAGAGCCCCCUCCCCAUCUCUGACAGCUCCAUCCCCCUGUUUGAUCCCAGCCCUGGCCAGGUUUUCCAGCUGUUGUUUCCAGGGUUUUCCAGCUGUUGUUUCCAGGCGUUUCCAGCUGUUGGAAAUCCCAGCAGGGACAAACCAAGCGGGGCUGCUCCACCUCCCACUGCUCCUGAGCCCGUCUCUUGAGCCUUUCCCGGCCUUUCCACGGACAUCCCGACCCUUUUCCCUUGGAACCCUCCUGCCCUGAGCCCUGCCCGCUGUUCCCUGCCCCAGCCCGGAGCCCUGCAGCUCCUGGGGGCUCAGCUGGGAGGCACCAGCAGCUUCCCCAACACUAAAAACCUGGGCAGGCAGUGGCCCUGUCCUCCUCCUGCGCACCAGUUGGGCUCCCUGGCUCUUACUGGGAGGCACUGGAGCUGCAGCCUGUCCCAUGCAGGGACCAGGCUCCUCUCAGGACAGGGAUUUGUCCUGGUUCCCUUCCUGACCGAUGCUUGGGUGAUUUUGGGCCGAGGAGGAGCGAGCUCCUCUCUCCCAUCCCAAACCCUCCUGAUUUUUGCAAACCAGGGAAUUCCAGCUCCUCUCUCCCAUCCAAACCCUCCUGAUUUUUGCAAACCAGGGAAUUCCAGCUGAUAAUUCCCUGUCCUGCCCAAGCUGCAGAUGAAGGAUCCCUCCCUCUUCUCCCCUCGCAGGCUUAGCAGGACCAGCCUGAAUUUUUUAACCCAUUUCUCCUGUCCCUGCCACUUUUUUAACAGAAUAACAAACUUUUCAGCUUGUUUCCAUAUGUGAGCUUGUCAUUUUGCUGCUGGCUGUUCCUGCAGGAUCCCUUUUCCCUGAUGGGAACGCUCUGAGCUGUGCUUAAGAGAAAAACAUUAAAAUAUUUGCUGUAUUAUUCUCACUCCUGCUGGGACGUGUUUGCCCCGUGCAGGGCAGCACAGCUCGGCCACGCUCGGGUUUUGUGGCCACAACUCAGGCUUUGUGGCCACAAUUCAGGUUUUGUAGCCA